UGAGAAUUCAAAUUUGCAAAAGGAGUGUAAUAGAUUGAGAUUAGAAAAAAGUGAAAAUUUAAGUACAAUUAAUUCAUUAUGUGAACAAGUUACAUCCCUUAAGUUACAAACCGUUGAAUCUCAAAUUGGCGUUAAAGGAAACAUUGAAACUCUUAUAAGUGAGAAUUCAAGUUUGCAAAAGGAGUGUAAUAGAUUGAGAUUAGAAAAAAGUGAAAAUUUGAGUACAAUAAACUCAUUAAGUGAACAAAUUAUAUCCCUUAAGUCGCGAAUCGUUGAAUCCCAAAUUGGCGUUAAAGGAGAUAUUGAACCUCUUAAAAGUGAGAAUUCAAGUUUGCGAAAGGAGUGUAAUAGAUUGAGAUCCGAAAAAAGUGAAAAUUUAAAUACACUAAAUUCAUUAAGUGAACAAAUUACAUCUCUUAAGUCACAAACCGACGAGUCCCAAAUUGGCGUUAAGGACAUUGAAACUCUUAAAAAUGAGAAUUCAAGUUUGCAAAAGGAGUGUAGUAGUUUGAGAUUAGAAAAAAAUGAAAACUUAAGUACAAUAAGUUCAUUACGUGAACAAAUUACAUCCCUUAAGUCACAAGUUGCUGAAUAUCAAAUCAGCAUUAAAAGAGACAUUGAAACUCUUAAAAGUGAGAAUUCAAGUUUGCAAAAAGAGUGUAAUAGUUUGAGAUUAGAAAAAAGUAAAAAUUUAG